CACUUGACCUCGAUGUUUUGACGCUCACUGCCAAGCACUACCGCCUAGCGGGCUUUGCCUGUGGCAUUAAUGACGACUGAGCCCUCCGAGACACGCAGCAACUCACCCCCUGGAAAGGUGCCUCUUUACGAGGCCAGUGCGUUGUCUUCAGAGUUUCUUGAGGAAAGGCAUAUGUUUGCUAAACUAUCUCAGCCAGGAUCGUCAACCUCUGUCUCGUUCUUGCGGCCCGACGAUGAGUUGCUGCUCGUAAAGCUCUACACUACUAAGAUCCCUCAGUUAUGUGGCCACUUCCGCUUCCCUGAAGAGGUGGAAGCCACUGCCAUAAGUUACUUGAAACGAUUCUACCUCAAGAACACAGUUAUGGACUGGCAUCCAAAGAACGUCAUGCUCACGGCACUCUUCCUAGCUACGAAAACGACAAACAAUCCAAUAUCUUUGGACUCUUAUACUUCCAAUAUCCCGAAAGCUUCCCAGUCCGAUGUUCUGGAUUUGGAGUUUUUGGUUGCGCAGAGCCUCAACUUCGAGUUUGCGGUGUGGCACGCUCACCGAGCACUUUGGGGUCUGUGGCUUGAUCUCCAGAGCCUUCCUGAUGUUACCGAGAGCCUCCGCUCCCUGGAGGUGUAUGAGACCGCUCUCAAACAUGUCCGCGUGUCACGUUUUACGGAUGCGGAGCUUAUCUAUGCCCCAUCACAGAUAGCUCUUGCUGCUCUAUCACUCGUCUCCCCAUUUUUGUGUCAAAAGUGGUUGGAUUCGAAAAUGCCCUCAGAUCCUACCGCUGCAGAAGCGCACCGGCAGAUCUUAGAGCAGACCAACAACGAAAUUGAGAACAUGAUAAUGCAGCAUGGACAACCGCCCGACGUAGAAGCCGCUCGCGAGGUUGAUCGUCGCCUUAAGCUGUGCAAGAAUCCUGAAAAGGUGGUUGGAAGCAAGGCGUUCCUUACUCGGCGAGCGGAGGAAGAGCGUCGCGCAGAGGAGAAACGGAAUAAAAAAGCACAGGACAUACGUAAAACUUCUGAGGGAGAGGAUCCUUUUGGAAGUCGACUCACCGGGUCACGGGAGUCCCCAAGCGUGGAUGACGACGACGACGAUUGAAAUCCGUUUAUAUUUCUGUUUAGAUCACACUUCUCUACAGGAGCUACAUAGACACAGGGCUUGUAGAUAUGUCGU